GCAUAGAUAGCCCCAUGAAGAGAUGGUCAUCACUUGAAUACUUGGGACAGGCGCAUGCAGGCUAGUUAAAUGGCAGACUUGCAGAUUGUUCCGGCAGGCAAGCAUGUAGAGGCCCAGCAUGUGGAGAUGAAGGUGCCACUCUAUUCCUAUGGCUGCGAGAAGAAGAUUAAGAAGGCAUUGUCACAUUUGCGAGGGAUACACUCAGUGCAUGUUGAUUACCACCUUCAAAAGGUGACAGUAUGGGGGAUAUGCAAUAAAUACGAUGUGCUUGCCACCAUUAGGAAGAAGAGAAGGGAAGCUUGCUUCUGGGACCAGAUGGAGACAGAGUUUAAGAGCAAGGUUGCUGAGGAAGAGGCUGAUGCUGAAAAAGCUCCCCACCGUGCAACUAUAAACAUGCACAAGCUUAGGAAGUUGAGGAAGAGGCUGAUGCUGCGGCUUGUUUCUUCUUCAUUUCCAUGACGAAGUAACUCAAGUUCUCUCCUUCCUUUUCACGCGCGCGUGUGCGCGCGGAGAGAGAGAGACUAAUUAAAUAUAUAUCAUAAGAGAUUGGGCUAUUCGAAAUUUAGCCAACCCAAUGAUAACUAGAAUGAACCCAAUGGGAGACCUUGACUGAUGGAUUCUCUCUC